CUCCCAUCCGCCAUAGAAGGCCCAACUCCUGUAUCCGCCCUAUUACACUCAAGCACUAUAGUUGUCGCAGGAAUCUUCCUAAUAAUCCGAUUUCACCCACUAACUUCAAACAAUAGCACCAUUAUAACAGCCAUACUAUGCCUCGGAGCCAUUACCACACUAUUUACAGCAAUUUGCGCACUUACACAAAACGACAUCAAAAAAAUUGUAGCCUUUUCCACAUCUAGCCAAUUAGGACUUAUAAUAGUCACCCUAGGAAUUAACCAGCCUUACCUAGCUUUUCUUCAUAUCUGCACCCAUGCAUUCUUCAAAGCAAUACUAUUCAUAUGCUCAGGAUCAAUCAUUCACAGCCUUAACGACGAACAAGACAUUCGAAAAAUAGGUAACAUAAUAAAAGUAAUACCAUUUACAUCAUCCUGCCUUAUUAUCGGAAGCCUAGCCCUUACUGGAAUACCAUUUCUCACAGGAUUUUACUCAAAAGACCUCAUCAUCGAAACCAUCAACACGUGCAACACCAACGCCUGAGCCCUAAUAAUCACCUUAAUCGCCACAUCCAUAACUGCCGUUUACAGCAUACGAAUCAUCUACUUCGUUACCAUGACAAAACCACGUUAUUCCCCACUAAUUACCAUUAACGAAAAUAACCCAAAUCUCAUUAAUCCAAUCAAACGUCUAGCAUUAGGAAGUAUUAUAGCAGGCUUUCUUAUCUCACUCAAUAUUCCUCCAACUAAUAUUCAAAUUCUCACCAUACCCUGAUACCUAAAACUAACAGCUCUACUCAUCACAAUCUUAGGCUUCGCUAUCGCCCUAGAACUCAACAAUCUAACCCUAAACCUAUCAAUAAACAAAACCACCAAACUAUCAUCAUUCUCAACUUCACUAGGCUAUUUCCCAUCAAUUAUGCACCGAAUAAUCCCCCAAAAAACACUAAAUUCUAGCUAUAAAGUAUCCCUAAACCUCCUAGACCUGACCUGACUAGAAAAGACAAUCCCAAAGUCAACCUCUAUCACCCAAACCCAUCUAUCCAAAAUGAUAACCAAUCAAAAAGGACUAGUUAAACUAUAUUUCCUGUCUUUCCUCAUUACAAUCUCACUAAUUUUUAUUUUACAUAUACUUAAUCCCGAGUGAUUUCAAUAAUAAUAAAAAUCCCUGCAAACAAUGAUCACCCAGCCACUACCAUUAUCCAAGUAACACAACUAUACAUAGCUGCAACCCCAAUUCCACCCUCCAAUAUGACUCCAACAUCAUCAAUCUCAUAUAUUAAUCAGUCACCCAAACUAUCAAAAUCAACUAACUCUACCUUAUUAUUUAAACUAAGUAGAUAAAAUAUCACUAACUCCAUAAAAAGGCCUAAAACAAAAAAA